AUGUCAAACUACUACUCCAACCAACAACCGCAGUACCCAGGCGCCGGCCCCUCGGCAGCCCAGAACCUUCAAUUCUUCCCUUCGCAGUACGGUCCUGCCACGGGGGGCACUGGCACACCGCAGCCCGGCGGCGCAUAUGGGUAUGGUAAUCAGCAGGCUGGGUUCGCUGGUACACCUGGUGCGCAGGGCUUCUCGGGCGCUGGGUACGGCGCGCAGGGUGUUUCGGGUCGACUUGGUGAGCAGGGAGGGUUGAGGACUGGGUGGGUGGCUGCUUUUUCGUCCGAGGGGUAUGAUGGGGAGCCGCCUUUGUUGGAGGAGUUGGGUGUCAAUUUUGGUCAUAUUCAGGCAAAGACACUCGCGGUGUUGAACCCCUUCAGGCGCAUCGAUUCGCAUCUCAUGGACGAUUCCGAUCUCGCAGGCCCGCUCAUCUUCUUCCUCCUUUUCGGCUUCAUCCUGCUCUUCUCAGGAAAGGUCCACUUCGGUUACAUCUACGGCCUCGCUGCCCUGGGCUCCGUGUCCCUCCACCUAAUCCUCUCCCUCAUGUCGCCCUCCGACGCCGGCCAGCAGCCUCAACAGCCAAGCUACCCCCAGUACAGCAGCGAACCUUCGGCACCUGCUCCUCCGCCAGGCCAGCAGGGCGGUCACUUCUCCGCGACCUUGACAUACCCCCGAAGCGCGAGCGUGUUGGGAUACUGCCUGUUGCCUCUUGUGGCGACUAGCUUGUUUGGCAUCGUCAUGCCGAUGGAUACACCUAUCGGCAUUGUGUUUACGACGGCUGCCAUCAUGUGGUGCACAUACAGCGCAAGCGGCAUGUUCUGCGUGGUAGGACGAAUGAAGGGCAUGAGAGGUCUUGUCGCGUACCCCCUGGGUCUGUUCUACGUCGGCUUCGGCAUCAUGGGCAUUUUCAGCAGCCGAGGGAGCGGAUCGCUGUCCAACGCUGCUGCUAAGCUCAACGGCUGA